GCAAACCCUCUUCAGGAGCGUCACCCUAUUCUCCCAAAGCAAAUACAAUGGCCAUCUCCUCCACUUCCAACUCCCUCAUUCCCACCAAAUCCCUCAUCCACCAAACCCACCCCCUCAUUCCCUCCACCAACCUCAGGCCCGCUCUCAGGCCCAACCACUCCCCCUCCCCCAUCUCAGCCGUCCACGCCGCUGACCCUGCCAAAAACCCCCUCCUCACCGACAAGCCCAAGUCCCAGCCCCCUCCCCCUCCCCCCGCGGCCCGCACCCUCAAAUGGGCCGUCGACAGCUGGAAGUCCAAGAAGGCCCUGCAGCUCCCCGACUACCCCAACCAGGACGACCUUCACUCCGUCCUCCGAACCCUUGACGCCUUCCCUCCCAUCGUCUUCGCCGGCGAAGCCAGAACCCUCGAGGAGCGUCUCGGCGAGGCCGCCCUCGGAAAUGCCUUCCUCCUCCAAGGCGGAGACUGCGCCGAAAGCUUCAAGGAGUUCAAUGCCAACAACAUCCGUGACACCUUCCGUAUCCUCCUCCAAAUGAGCGUCGUCAUGAUGUUCGGUGGCCAAAUGCCCGUCAUCAAGGUGGGAAGAAUGGCGGGGCAAUUCGCCAAGCCUAGGUCGGAUCCGUUUGAGGAGAAGAACGGCGUCAAGCUUCCCAGUUACAGAGGGGAUAACGUUAACGGAGACGCGUUUGAUGAGAAGUCAAGGAUUCCGGAUCCGCAGAGGAUGAUUCGGGCUUAUUGUCAAGCUGCGGCUACGCUCAAUCUUCUUAGGGCUUUUGCUACCGGAGGUUACGCGGCUAUGCAGAGGGUUACUCAGUGGAAUUUGGACUUCACCGAGCAUAGUGAACAGGGAGAUAGGUACCGAGAGCUUGCUAACCGAGUUGAUGAGGCUCUUGGAUUCAUGGCUGCUGCUGGGCUCACAGUGGACCAUCCCAUAAUGACAACAACUGAAUUCUGGACAUCCCAUGAAUGCUUAUUGUUGCCUUAUGAACAAUCCCUCACUAGGUUGGAUUCAACUUCUGGUCUCUACUAUGACUGCUCAGCCCAUAUGCUUUGGGUUGGGGAACGAACCAGGCAGCUGGAUGGUGCCCAUGUUGAGUUUCUAAGAGGAGUUGCUAACCCCUUGGGAAUUAAGGUAAGUGAUAAGAUGGAUCCAAAUGAGCUUGUUAAACUCAUCGAGAUCUUGAAUCCUCAAAACAAACCAGGGAGAAUAACUGUGAUCACGAGGAUGGGAGCUGAAAAUAUGAGGGUGAAGCUUCCACAUCUCAUUAGGGCAGUGCGCAGGGCAGGGCAAAUUGUCACCUGGGUCAGCGAUCCUAUGCAUGGAAACACCAUAAAGGCUCCAUGUGGUCUUAAAACUCGUCCCUUCGAUGCUAUCAGGGCUGAAGUGAGAGCAUUCUUCGAUGUGCAUGAGCAAGAAGGAAGCCACCCAGGAGGGGUUCAUCUAGAGAUGACGGGUCAAAAUGUGACUGAGUGCAUUGGUGGGUCAAGGACGGUCACAUUUGAUGACUUGAGCUCACGUUACCACACACACUGUGACCCAAGGCUCAAUGCUUCACAAUCUCUUGAGCUUGCUUUCAUCAUCGCUGAACGUUUGAGAAAGAGCAGGAUCAGAUCGCAGCAACCUCUUGCCUCUGAUGGACUGUAAAAGUGCCUUCAAAACCCACAAGAAGAUAAAUAUCUUUGUUCUUUUUUUCCCCUAAAUAUUUUAUUAAUCGAUGGUUGCGUCACUUUGAUGCUGCACCUGGGUGUGUACUGGAACGGCUAGAUAGCUUGUGUUGUGUUCUGUUUGUAUGUGUAUACUACCUAGUAAUGCGUUUGAACAUCCAAGGACAAGAGUACUUUUAUUAAUAAUAAUGAAACGAAAACGUUUCAAUUGAGUUGGCUACUCCAGUCUA